UGGUAAACAAGAAGCACGGAUGUGUUCGUACUUCGACUCGAUACAUUAAAACGAAGAUGUUGUAGCCGAGAUAUGGCCGAGACAAUCAACACCACGGCAGCGAUUUCAAACGUGUUCUCGCCGACGAUGUAGAGAAUACAUGUUCACCAUCAUUGCUGAAUUGGACGAUCAUUCAUGCACAGGUGUGUACACAAUGUCUUGCGAAAGAAAGAAUGGAGGGCACCCAUGACGACCGUUGUUACAUCUGUAAAGAACUCAUACGAAAUAAACAACAAAUACUCAUUCAAGAAGACAACUUCCUCACGAUAGAUGUCGUUGCAUCUCUUAUCAAUAAACCAAGGAAGGCCAGUACACCAAAGGCAAACUGCACAGUAAAAACUUCAAAAGACCAGUGGAAAAAGGAAAGAGAUCAGUUCACGCUGAAAUUGAAGAGAUAUGUCUCAGCGCUUAGGAACAGCAAGGGAGGGGCAAUACUUGUACACAUAACUGAUUUAGAUAAGAAAGAUAGAAAUUUGGAUCAUUUCCAUGAACUUGUUGAUGCAAGACUCAAUGAAAUGAUAGAAGAUGGUUGCUUGUUUGUCCUAACAUACAAAAAGAAUUGGCUUCCUUGCUUAAAUGACAACUACCAGUUUGUUGCUGUUGUUGUAUCCCCGUCCACACUGGUCGUGACAGUUGACUUCAAAACAAAGACUCCCCUGGACAAUAGCAUCGUUGAUCCUUCAGUUACGACCAUACAGUAUAUGCUGGCGUCAAGUCAGACCUUUGGGUCUAUUAAACCAAUCCUUCGUGGUAUAGACAUCGAGGACAUAGAUGAGAGUCGCUGUAUCCAGGCUAAAGGUUUUCAAUCUUCAUUCAGUGAACUUUUGGAUGUUAGCAGGGUUUCUGAGUUUAUUCAGUACAUUUGGGAAAACUUAAAAUUAAAAUAUUACGUGACCUCGUUUUCGAAAAUAGAUGGUGGGGGAUCUUUCUACUUAGGGGUGGAUGAGGUGGAUGUGCAGUACUGUACCUACAGCUCAAAGGCUUUGCUUGUAAAAGGAUUCGAAUACCCCGAAUCAUUGCAUACUGGUUUCCGUGAAGGUCUUAUAAGAAAAGUACAAUCUGAACUGCUAGUUCUUCUCAAAAACGAUCGUGGUAUCGUCUUUGUUGAGCCACAAGACUUGAUAGCUGUAUAUUUUCAUCCAGUCAAUGGCAGAGAUGAAUCGUACGUCUUGGAAGUAGCAGUGGCAGCAGUCGAAGGGAUUGUUUUCUACGACAAGGAGGGUCCAGAAGCAUAUCAAAUUGACGAUAGAGGAUCUGUGUGCAGGAUAGAUAAGAAGGAUUGGUAUAGGCGUUUCAGGGGGCUUCAAGUACACGAUGCAGUCAGGAAAUGCGGUGUGUUUGAAAGAUCCUGUCACGAAAACACAAAGGCAUGAGGUCAACAUAGUUUCCUUCGAUCAGUGCCCUCCAAAUAUAAAACAGAUAGAAAACAGCAUUGAAGACAUUGAAGAUUACGUACAUAAAGAUACUUUGGUUGUAUACCCACCAAGAAUAUGUCAACAUCAUUAUGAAAUAUGCCUGUUCAAACGACUUGAAGAGCUUUCUGACAGAGGUCUUGCAUAUGUUUCAAAUAACUUAUCAGUGAGUGCAAACAUAGAAACGGCUACCAGAUCAGACGAUGUUGUGCUUGACAUCUUUCUCCUGUUAGAAGGUCAUCCACCUUCAGUAAUUUCUAUCGUGGGGCGCGAAGCAUGUCAAGACUCCACAGGUUUCAGGCAACGGGCCGCACAGCAGUACAAUCUUUCCCUGACAAAGGGUCUCAUUCAGGGUGUUCGUAAUUUCACAAGUGAACAGUUCAGUGCUGUGUUCGGUGUUCUGACAGAAAGGGAACUAGAGACUGAGAAAGAGUUCAAGGUGGCGCUUUUAAACAUACGGAAAAGGACAUCAGGUCUGUGCGUUGCUGGUUCCCUCAGCCUAAUGGAGGUCAAAAGAAAGAAUCUUAUUCGAGCAUUUCUGUUGUCAGUCUCCGUAACUGCAUCUGUUUCUACGGUGGAGGAGGACUACAGUUUGUGGAUCCUUACUCUGGAACAAUUCCGUGUCCUCACUGAGAACAUUGACAAGCGACACGUCACUGUAAGGACAACACCGUCCACCGGAGGAAAGGUUUUGAUGCGAGAGGUUGCUAGAAGACUUGAGAGAUCUGGGCCAACCGUUUUGAUCACAGAGACGGAGGAGCAGACACAGAGAGCCAGAAGGAUGGAAUUAUGCUCCUUCAUGAUGACACUUGAUACAUGGAAAAGGAGACUAGCAGAUGGGGGUCAAGUCGGCGGGAUUAAGAAUAUAGUGACCAAUUGUCUAGACUGUCCUUUGCUGGACAAUUGUGACAGGUCGUGGAUCUUCGUCUCAGACGGGGUAAAAACACCAAGUCAGCAAAGUGAAGCUAUGGACCGGGGUCUUGAAAGACAAACAUUUGCACAGGAUUCUGGAAACGUCACUGAUAUGCCAAACGAAGACGUAACGAAAACCAUGCAUGUUCUUGAGAAAGACCUACAAAGACUGAAAACUGAAAAUGAAGCCCUAAGAAAGACAGAGGACGACCUCACAAGGAUGCUUGAGUCUGUUUCCCUAGGUGGGUUUUCCCUGGACAGCAAUAGAAGCCGCUAUUUCAAGAGUGGUUCCGGUGUCGGUAGUGUUCGGAGUCUUGACCGGCUGGCCGAAUCAGACAAACAGAGCCGAAGCUAUCAUGCCUUGAAAAGUGUGAAAAAGCGGCUUACAGUGGGAUUCGGGAGAAGGAAAGCCCGACUUGAUCCAACAUACCUGCUGGAAAAGGAUGCUGUGUAUGUCAUGACUGACGCGUUAAAUCGACAUCCGCUUUAUGUGAUCUGUCGACAACAUGACAUGGAUAACGACCGGAUGAACAAGUACUACGGCCGAGUGAGCAUGCACGGUCAACCUGCGACAUCACAAGAAGCUCGGUUUUACAUGUUGCACAAGGGUGCAUGCGUCACACAACGCGUCACCUUGACGCCACCCCCUCCUACGCCCGCUUCUCUCAGCUCCCACUACUGGGAGACUCACACAGUGGUUGAAGCGAGGGAGCCGUACCGCUUGUUGGGAGUACCUCUGUUAGAGAUGGGAGUUUCUGAAGAAAGCCACGUGCUCAAUAGCAGCUGGGUUUACCAGCAGCCGGGCUCCUGGUCCAUACGUGUGGUAUUCUGUGACACCCACAGAGGCAUCUGCACACAGGUAUGGGAGGAUGGAGAACGUAUUGCGUGUUAUCCAGGCACCAUGUCCGAUGCUGCUGGUGCACGUGCCACACUGAGGUAUGGUCUAGUGGUGGACGGAAAUGGAAGAAUUGGAUGCAUCGACCUGGACAGACACAUUGUGUUAUAUAAACUUGACACGCCCAUCAGAAAUGUAUUUUACCCAGUGUUUGGGGUGAGCAUAUCCCCCUGCGUCACCAUUAAGAUGAGGAUGCUCAGCGGGAGUGGAAUCAUCGUGACCGAAGAGAAGCAAUCACUCAUAUACUCGGCAUUGAGAGAAACCGAAAACAGACGUUGAAUCCCACAAUGUUCUCUUCCAACAUUGGGGCGGUCGGGUAGCCUAGUAGUUAAAGCGUUCGCUCGUCGCGCCGAAGACCAGGGUUCGAUUCCCGCCAUGGGUAUAAUGUGUGAAGCCCAUUUCUGGUGCCGUGACAUUGCG